AUGGCUGAAGUCACAAUACCCAAUGAUUUACAAAGAAAUUUCUCAUUGGAUACAGUUUCAAUUUCAAAUAUUAGUGAAACAUCAAUGUUAGUCUCAACAGAUCAUGUCAAAUUAGAUUCAAAUGAUGCUGGAGAGCCUCCAGCAAAAAAGUCCAAAGUUUUAUUGAAUGAUAAAACCCGAUUGCUUGAAGAUCGAAUAGGAUCUAUUUUAUCGUGCUGUAUUUGUUUGGAUCUUUCAACACUAGCAAUGUUUCAAUGUAUCAAUGGGCAUCUUAUGUGCGCUUCAUGUUUCAAUCACUUAUUAGCUGAUUGUAAGAUGAAAGAUGAACAAACAACAUGUCCGAAUUGUCGUUGCGAAAUUUCGAAAUCGAACUGUACAAGAAAUUUAGCUGUUGAAAAAAUAAUAUCAGAAUUACCAAUUCAAUGUGAUUAUUGUUCAAAGAUAUUUAUACGUUCAGAAAUAAAAAUACAUCAAUCACAAAAUUGUCCCGAACGACCAACAAUUUGUGAUUAUUCAUUACUUGGAUGUAAUUGGAAUGGAUCCUAUCAAAAUUUACCAUCGCAUUUACUUGUAUGUGAAUGCCCAACUAAGACGGGUGCACACUUAAUCAAUACUAUUCGUGUACAAAAACGAACAUAUGAUGAUGAAAAAAAAAGUCUUGAAACAGUAGUUGAUCUACUGUCACUUAAUCAGAUCGGUGUUAGUGAUCUCAUAUUAAAACCAUUGCGAACCGACGAUUUUGCUGCCAAACUUUAUUUUGAAACGUCACGUUUUACAGCCUUGCAAUAUCAAUGGCAAGUGCGUGCUCGUAUAAAUGAUAAUACUCCUCAUCCACAUACAACAAUUACACGAUCAUUAAGUUAUCAAUUGAUCCUUAAAUCAAAAAUUACUCAAUCGAUAGAUUUGAAAUUUUUUAUUCUGAAAGGACCACAUGGCGAUCCAUCAACAUUACAAAUUCAACCAAUUAUUUAUCAUUUUGAAUUUAAUCAAAAUAAUACUGAAACUGAAUAUCUUAAAUUGCCAAUUAGUUCACAAGAAUGCAAUAGAAUUCUAUCAUCAUCGUCAAUUAGUUUUCGAUUACUUAUGGUGCAGUUAGAUAAACCUUAA